CGUCGAUCGCGUGGUGUUCUUCCAUAUUGGUGCUAGUGUAGAGAUUAGGCGAUUACAUUAGAAAAUUUAAGGAGAUAUUUGCGGUAUACGUGUUUUUUAUGUUUUAAUUCAAAGCAGCCACUCUGCGUCUUAGACUAAAAGAUUUUUGGUCUAGGGGUGGAGUGGGGAAAAGCACCCCGGCUUCACUUGCAGUUUUGAAAACACUCUUGGAGUUCCAGAAGAUUUUGGGGGUAGCAAAGGAAAAGAAGGGGGAAAUGGCCACUCAGGUGGAGACUCUCCUACCCUCUAACCCCUUAAUUCAAGCAGAGGAGCACGGGCACGCGAGCAAAAUGAAACACGAGGAUCACCAUCUCGAGACGGAGGAUAAAGAGGAGAGAAAACAGCCGUCGCCCAGCGCCGCUGCCAUGGAAAGCAGCAACGUGAAGGGGGAAGACGGUGAGCAGCUCGGGGAAUCUGCCGCCAAUGAACCCAGCGUUAAACAGGUGAAAGAUGAGAGCAACAACCAGGCCAAGGUGAACCUGGACAAGGAAGAAACGGAGCGAGGAAACGGUAACAAGAAGGUGUUCAUGGAGGCUCCCCCUCCCAAGGUGAACCCGUGGACCAAGAAAAUGAACUCCGUCCAAGUGGUCACUGUGAACGGACAGGCGCAUCACGAUCAACCAAUUCCCACCAAGGUAGUGAAAGCGGGAAACCCAAAACCCAGAAAAGGAAGCAAGGUUGGUGAUUUUGGAGAUGCAAUGAAUUGGCCAACUCCUGGUGAAAUCGCAAACAAGGAAGUUCAGCAACCACUAGUUGGCAAACCUCAGUUGCCGAAGAAAACUGUCCCAAAAAAAGAAUCAAAGGAUAAACAGGAUGAAGAAUGCAAGGAAAAUCAAAAGGCAAAAUCAGAUGAUUCUGGAGAGGAGAAGAAUGGUGAUAAAGACUCUCAGAGAUAUGGUCAGAAGAAAAAAGGAAAUAAGCAUAAGUGGGUACCAUUUCCAAUUGAAGUAAAAUCGGAAGGUCCAAGAGAAAGAUCAGCAUCCAGAAACAACAGUCGUCAGAAUGAAACAAACAGACUGCCUUCAAACAGUAGGAAUGAUUUGAGAGACUGGCAAACUACUACCAAGCAUGAACGUGAGUGGAGAGAUGAUCAUGAUGAAGUUUCCAGCGUAAAGAGUGAGGGGGCACCUUUCCGUGGAGGAUAUAGAGGAAGAGGACGAGGGCGAGGCAGAGGAAGGGGUCGUGGCAGGGGUGCUGGAAGAGGUCAUUUUGAUUACCAGUAUGCCUAUAAAAACUUUGAUGGUAAAGAUGGAGGGUACAACCAGAAAUACAACAGUACUGUCACAUACUAUUAUGACAAUAUCAGUAGCAAUGAGUUGUAUACUGUGGAUCAAGAGUUGCUGAAAGACUAUAUUAAGAGACAAAUAGAAUACUACUUCAGCAUUGACAAUUUGCAAAGGGACUUUUUCCUACGACGAAAAAUGGAUUCAGAGGGUUUUCUUCCAAUUUCAUUAAUUGCCAGUUUCCACAGAGUCCAAGCACUGACCACAGAUGUUAACCUUAUCGUUCAGGCAUUGAAAGACAGCAAAGAAGUGGAGAUAGUGAACUUGAAGAUUCGUACAAGAAAGGAACCACAAAAAUGGCCAUUGCUUAGCCUGUCUGUUCCUGAUCACACACAGACGGAUUUCUCACAACUUAUCAAUUGCCCAGAAUUUGUGCCCAGACAAUCCUCUGAGAAACAAACAGAGUCUGCACCUGGAUCUCCAAGGGCUGUUACUCCAGAGGAAUCCAAGAGUGAGGAAGCAAGCAACUUGAAAACCAUGCCCAAGGGGCUUUCUGCAAGUCUGCCUGACUUGGAUUCUGAUACUUGGAUAGAAGUCAAGAAACGGCCUAGACCAUCACCUGCUAGACCUAAAAAACAAGAAGAUUUAAAGCCAUCUUCACAGCAACCAGCGCCGAAAGAGGACCAAGAUGAGCCAGAAGAAUUAGACUUCAUGUUUGAUGAGGAAAUGGAGCAGAUUGAUGGCCGUAGAAAUACCUUCACUGAUUGGUUAGAUGAGGACUCUGAUUGUGAGAUUGAUGACAGAGAUGUAAAUAAAAUCCUAAUUGUUACUCAGACGCCCCCAUACCUGCGCAAACAUCCAGGAGGUGACCGCACAGGCAACCACACUUCACGGGCUAAACUUACUUCAGAAUUGGUUAAAGUUAUCAAUGAUGGACUUUAUUACUAUGAACAAGACCUCUGGGAUGACACAUAUGAGCCUGAAUAUGCAACUAUCAAGCAAGAAGUUGAAAACUUCAAGAAGGUACAUCUGAUCAGCCGUGAACAAUUUGAUUGCUUAACACCAGAACCCCCAGUAGAUCCAAAUCAAGAAGUGCCCCCAGGGCCACCAAGGUUACAACAAAUACCUAUGGAUGAUUUAGCCAAUAAGUUGUUUGGUGCUCCUGAGCCAUCCUCCAUUGCUCGAUCUUUGCCAACGACUGUGCCAGAGUCUCCAAAUUACCGUAAUGCCAGAACACCACGCACGCCUCGUACACCACGGUUAAAAGAUCCUACUCAGACACCCCGGUUUUACCCAGUUGUUAAAGAAGGACGGCCAGUAGAUGCCAAGACACCAAGAAAAAGGAAAACCAGACACAGUUCCAAUCCUCCAAUGGAGUGCCACGUUGGCUGGGUUAUGGACUCCAGAGAGCACAGGCCGAGAACUGCCUCUGUUAGCUCAAAUGCCAGCCCAUCGGAAGGUACACCUGCACUUGGAAACUUUGGCUGCACCCCUCAGUCCUUGCCAAAGUUUCAGCAUCCGUCACAUGAGCUUCUAAAGGAGAAUGGCUUUACGCAACAUGUAUAUCACAAAUAUCGCAGACGUUGCCUAAAUGAACGAAAGAGACUGGGAAUUGGUCAAUCACAAGAAAUGAACACAUUAUUUAGGUUUUGGUCCUUUUUCUUACGGGAUCACUUUAACAGAAAGAUGUAUGAAGAAUUUAGGUACCUUGCAGUUGAGGAUGGAAAAGAGGGUUACAGGUAUGGAUUGGAGUGUCUCUUCAGAUACUACAGCUAUGGUCUAGAAAGAAAAUUUAGACCUGAUAUAUUUAAAGAUUUUCAGGAAGAAACUGUUAAAGAUUAUGAGGCUGGACAGUUAUAUGGACUUGAAAAAUUUUGGGCUUAUCUCAAGUACUCAAAAGCUAAAAAUCUGGAUAUUGAUACAAAAUUGCAAGAGUAUUUGAGUAAAUUCAAGCGUCUUGAAGAUUUCAGGGUAGAUCCUCCAAUGGGUGAAGAUGGAGGUCGAAGAAGACAUCCUUCUGCUGGAGAUGGAAGGCGACGCUACCCAUCCCAGUCCUCUAGUCGGCCGCCCAGCCAGCCAGGACAGAGCCAAGCUCAGAGUGCACAGGCAGCCUCCAGAGAGGGUGCCAAAAAUCUGAAUCAGAAAACUGCUGCUUCAGAGUUAAAACCAGAGCAAAACUAAUGCAAUGGAGGUGUGGGUUUUUAACAAUUUGAUUUUUUUGCUUUUAAUACAGGGGGUCCAACAUUUGAAGCAUAAGACAUUUUUCUUUUAUUGGAGAGUGAUUCUUAUUGUACACAAGUUUUGUUUUAUUUUAACUUCAUCUCUGAGAGAAGACUGACAUGGACUACUAAAAGAAAGAAAUGCUGAAUGCCUGUUUUAAUUUCUCUUAUAAACCCACACCUUUUUCAAAGACAAUCAGUUUUGGAGAAAUAUGUUUUGCAAUUAUUUUAUCAUUCAUGAAGCGCAGAGACGUUUUAAUUUUUUUGGACCUCCUUUAUUGCAGACUUAUGCUGUUCAUGAACCAAUCAGGAGACACUAGUCAUCCUCAUCUAACUUUAAAACUUGUACCUUUUCAAUUUGCUUUAUUAAGACUCAUUUAAGAGACUGCUGUUUUGAAAGGAGAGUUUUACUUGACGGGUUUGAGGCUGGAAAAAAGACAAACAGUACAAAAAAAACAAAAAACUUAAAAGACAUUUAAAUAUCAUGAUGAGCAGAAUCUUUGAAAGUUGCCUUAUUUUCACUUACUUGUGCUUCGUUAACACCCAUCACCCUUAAUGUUAUAGCUGAUUGUACAAAAUGUAAUCGCAAUGAAACAAUACUUCAGCCAUGCUUCACUGGAAAUAGUCAGAUUGUCCACCAGAUUGUCUCCUCUUCUGGCUGCCGUCUUCCAAGUAUCAACUGGUCUGUUGCAAAUCAUUGUUGGAUCCAUUUGCAGCAGACUCUUCUGCCGAAGUUACUCUCAAGGAGAAUGCAUUGAUUUAUAUCAUUAAUGAGCUCAAGACAACUGGAACUGCAGACUGAAUACUUGAAAAAAUUGUCAUAAUACACCUUAAAUGUUGUAGGUGCUUUUGAUUGUAUAUAUUUAACAUGCUUAACAGAGUAUCAUGAGAAAAAAGGCAUAGAAAUGCUGCUUCUAAGACAAAAAGCUGAAUGGUUGCUACUAGCUAGUGUGACCAGUGUGUCUUAUUAAAGGUCGGACAGACACAUCUACAAAAUGCAUGUUAAAAAAACUGUAAAUCUGUCUUUGUCUAUUUGGGACAUGAGCCAAUCAACAUGUUGCCAAGAUGCCUGCUUACAUACAUGCAUAACCAAGACAUUUCCACAAGCAGCAAAGCACUAUUUUGCCACUGUGCUCAGUGCAUGAACUCUUUGCCCUGACAGACAUACAUCUGACUUAUUCCCUCCCUCUCUUUCAUAUUUAAUUUGGUAAGUAAUCCUUUCCUUUGAAUACACCACAGGAAGCGUUUAAGUCUCUGGUAUUUUCAUAUUGAGUUAAAAGGAUUUAAUUGAAAACAAACAAAAAAAAAGUGAAUAGUUUUGCACAUUCAGCUUGCAGCCAACAGCUGAAAGACCAUUUUUUUUCUUAAUUCUUUUUUUUUUUUUUUCUUUCUCAUAAGCUUAUAUUAAAUUUAAAUGCUAAUUGCAAUUUAGGCCUAAUGUUCCAAUCUAAAAUUGUUUGUGUGGAACAGUUUGAGUUAAAUAUUUUUCAAUUUAGAUUUCAAUUACAAGAAUUACCAUUUAUAAAGAAAUUUGAGUUAUUUUGUCAUAUUGGAGCUGGGCAGUGGUCAAGUCACAGUAAAUUCCUAAAAAAAAUAAGUACACAUUUACAGAAGCCAUUCUCGGUUACAUUGAUUUGAUUUGGAGAUUGCAGGUUCCUAGUUCAAAAGUAAGGCCCUGCAACAGCUUUCCCAUUUUUAUAAAAUUUUUCUGUCUCUCAGAUAUACUCCAUUUUUGUUUUGUCCGUUCCCAUACAUCAGUGCUCAGAGACACAAUUUAGUCAACCUUGUUCUCCUCAGGUCUGUUACUUUUGUAAUUAAAAUUAGUUAAAUUAUUAAGAAAGCCUCGGUUUUAGAGCCUGUGUGAUAAUUUGUUUUUCUUUUAAGCAGCUGCAGAGGUCCAGUGGAUUUUUCAAAUGGGCUCAAGUUUAUGCACAAUCCUUUAGGCCUUUUUUUUUGGUUCACUUUUUUGAUUUUCAAUCUGAUUUUUAGUUUACUUGAAUGAAAGCUCAAGAGUGACUUCAAUUUUAACUGUGUUUUAGUUUUUAUUUUUCGUUCAGAUGGUUUUGUUUUCUUUUAGCUUUCACUUAAAAAAAAGAAAAGAAAAAAAGCUGAAUUCUGCAGAUGUAUGUAACUUUUAUUCUCUUUCAUUGUCAAAGGAGGAUUUAUGUCUCUCUUUUUUGGGGUCAUCUGCUCUGUGGGCACAACGGGAAGUUGAGUAGGUGUAAGGAAUUUAGAGUGUGCUGAAGCCUUUUGAAUGCAAUCUUAUUUGUCAUUUUCUUUGAUUUGAUGCUUUAAUCCUUUUUCUUUUUCUGUUCAGCUGGUAUGGCUCAUUAUUUUUGUGUCAUAAAGGAGAAGGUUGAGGUUCUUGUUAAAAUCAUAAAAUGACUGCUGUUUGUACAUCUUUCCAAGACCUUUGAGGUAGGCCGUUAAAUGCCUGAAGACAAUGCAGGACAAAUUCCAUAAAGCCAUAUAAAUAGCUGUAUAUGAUUCAUGUAAUGUUAAUAAAUCAUUUUCAUUGUAAUAUCCUGGUAGUCAGUUAAACAUAAUUCAAGAAAUAAUAGAAAAAUGUGUAAAAUACUUGAAUGAGAACUUGUAUUAUAACAUUUAUUAUUCAUUAUACCUGCUUUGUAGGCUGAUGUGAUUUGCUCCUCUAGUAGUGUUAUUUGUAAUUUGUAGUAAUUCUGCUUUUCCUUUAAAUAAAAACAUAAAAUAUGCAAAAA